UUUGAUAUCAUCAUGAGUUUAACAGACAUUUCUAAAAAAUUCACUGAAGCCACCUGCGAGGAAAUUAUCAAAAAAGCUGGUGGCACCAAAUAUACUUCCUUUAAAUUUGGUAAAGGUUUUAAAAAAGGCGACUCAUACUUGAGUAAAGUAUUUCGCUUGUGCGUUUAUGGCAUUAACGAGCCAACUGGUGAAAAUGUGGAAGUUAAUCUAAUUGUUAAGGGUAUGCCGGAUAAUAUGGCUCGGCGUAAGCUUUUCCGUUCUGCUGACUUUUUCCGCAAUGAAAUUAAUUUCUAUUUAAAGGUUAUUCCCGCUUGGGAAGCAUUCCAAAAGAAACGCAAUCCGAAAAACCCAUUUAAUGAAUAUCCCAUUUGUUAUGCUACUCACUGUGAUGGUGAAAAUGAUUUUGUGGCUCUGCAAGAUGUUAACUUCUUGGGUUAUGGGGCACCCAAUCGUCAAGACUAUAUUUCAUUGGAAGAGUGUCUGUUGACAAUGCGUACCAUGGGUAGAUUCCAUGGUAUUUCUUUGGCAUUGCAGGCUUUAGAGCCCAACGAAUUUGAGAGUGUGGCUAAAUGUUUGGAGGAAACCUAUUAUGCUGAAUCGUAUCGUAAGUGGUAUAUUGACUUCUUAAAAUUGGCCUGUUCGGUAGCCCAGGAUGCGGUUGCAAAAACAUUUCCAAACACUAAUUAUGAAACGAUUACCAAAAAUUUUCUGCAAGAAACUUUAUACGAUGAUUUAAUUAAUUUGGUGUCAACACGAUCUAAGCUCACAGUUUUUGGUCAUGGUGAUUGUUGGACACCAAACUUCCUAACACGUUACAGUGCUGAGGGUAAAGCAGAGGCGAUUAAAAUUAUUGACUUUCAGUUGGCCCGUGCGGCUUCCGUUGGUGUGGAUAUCUCAUUCUUUAUCUACUCCUGCACUAGCCAGGCUCUUAGGGAGUCCCACUAUGACACCUUGUUGAAGGCUUAUCAUGAAAGUGCCAGCAGUAUUAUCAACGAUAUGGGAGCCGAUGCAGAAAAAGUUAUGUCUUGGCAAGAUCUACUGGAUGAACUAAAACAAUUUGCUAGAUUUGGCUGUGGCAUGGGCAUUGAAUCAUUGCCCAUGUCUCUUAUAGAAGAUGAUGAGGUGGCCGAUUUGGAUGAUAUCACCGAUAAUUCAGUAUUAACGGAUGUGUGGAAUAUUACACCAUUCAAGGAGCCUGCUAAAAGGCAGCGUAUUGCGGAAAUAUUCAAACAUGCCAUAGAUCAGGGUUAUCUUAAAUAAAACUUAAAUGUAAUCCAUAAAUCAAAACAUACACUAAUAAAUAAUUUUUAUUUCAUAUAAA